GACCCUCAGAGCAGUUGGAUUACUUGAUGUUGGCUCUUUGAGUCAGUCUGUGUGUCUGAAGAAGAAGAGCUGCUUUUUCUCGUGAUUUCUUCUUUUAAACUCGGAUCAGAUGAGUUUUAAAAGAGACACCGGUGUUAUGGAGCUGGGGGAGUGCACCAGAAACCCGGGCUAUAAGGACGCAGACGGCGGCGGGUCGGACACCGUUAGCGCGGACCCCGAGGAGAAAAACGACUCCACUUCGCUGAAGCUGGACGCGGCGGAGGACGAGUACACGCAGAUCAAACCGUACGCCGGGAUGCCCAAGGAGGUGUUGCUGCUGUACUCAUCCCAGGCCCGGUACCGAGUGCCCCGGGAGAUCCUGUUCUGGCUGACGGUGGCCUGCACUCUGGCGCUGGUGGCGCUCACCGUCACGGUGAUCGUGCUGUCGCCGCGCUGCCUCGACUGGUGGCAGGCCUCCCCGGUAUACCAAGUCUACCCCCGGUCCUUCAGGGACUCAGACGGAGACGGAGUUGGGGACCUCAAAGGAAUUCAGGACCAGCUGGAUCACUUUGAGUAUCUGAACAUCAAGUCAGUGUGGAUCAGUCCCUUCUAUCGCUCUCCCAUGAGGGACUUCGGCUACGAUGUGGAAGAUUUCCGGGCCAUCGACCCGCUCUUUGGAACCAUGAAGGACUUUGAGGAGCUCCUGGCUGAAAUGCACAACAAAGGUUUGAAGAUGAUCAUGGAUCUCAUUCCCAAUCAUACCAGCGACAGACACCGCUGGUUUAAUUUGAGCCGGAGUAGAGAUCCUCACUACGAGGAUUACUACAUCUGGACUGACUGCGAUGCAAACAACCCGAGGCCUAAUAACUGGGUGAGUGUGUUUGGAAACUCAUCAUGGACUUAUGAUGACGUUAGAGGACAAUGCUAUCUGCACCAGUUCCUCAAGGAGCAACCAGACCUGAACUUCAGAAACCCACAUGUCCGCAAAGAGAUCACUGAUUUAAUUCAUUUCUGGCUGGGGAAGGGAGUGGACGGGUUCCGCGUUGACGCAGUGAAGCACCUCCUGGAGGCCGCACAUUUGAGGGAUGAACCACAGGUGGACCCAGAUAAACCACCGGAGUUUGUAACCUCAGAGUGGGACCUCCACCAUGACUACACCACCAGUCAGCUGGGUUUGCAUGACCUGCUGCGGGAAUGGAGGGCAGUGAUGGACGAGUACAGCCAUGAGCCUGGCAGAUACAGGUUCAUGGUGACGGAGUCGUAUGAUUACCACGAGGUGGACAAGACCAUGAUGUACUACAGCACCCCACUCGUUAAAGAAAGUGACUUCCCCUUUAACUUUUACCUGCUGGACCUGCCUAAGAACACCAGCAGCCUGUGGGUUCAACAUCUGGUCCACCUCUGGAUGGCCAACAUGCCCAAAGGACAAUGGCCCAACUGGGUGGUUGGGAACCAUGACAAGCCUCGGAUUGCCUCCAGUGCUGGUCAGAUCUACAGUCGUGUGAUCAACAUGCUGCUGCUGACCCUCCCAGGCACGGCCACCACCUACUACGGCGAGGAGAUCGGCAUGGAGAACAUUAAUGUCACGGACAGUCAGAUACAGGACCCUGCUGGCAAAUACAACGCAAGCGCCAGUCGGGACCCUCAGCGCUCUCCAAUGCAGUGGAGCGGUGACAUGAACGCCAGCUUUAACAACAAAACCAACAUCACCUGGCUGCCUGUACACCCCGACUACAGGAGCGUCAAUGUGGAGGUGCAGAAGAAAGACAAAAGCUCCAUUUUGGCUCAGUACCGUUUCCUGAACACCCUGCGUCAGUCCGAGCUCCCCCUCCACCGCGGGUGGUUCUGCUACGUCCACGCUGAUGCCACCGUCUUCUCUUACCUCAGAGAGCUGGACGGGCUCGCCCGAGCUUUCCUAGUGGUGCUGAACUUUGGUAAAGAAUCUGCCAUCACAGAUCUGUCCUCUGUUCAGGAGUUACCAGAUGAGCUGAAGGUGCUGAUGAGCACAAACCGAGUCAACGACGGUAAGGUGUUGCAAAAGUCUCGUAUCCAGACAGAGGCAGGAGAGGGCUUGCUGAUUCAGUACUCCACCCACACUCGCUUUAACCCCAACCACCCUGAACAGUGCUACGUCUCUGAGAAAGCCUGCUAUCUAAGUGCCAUGGACAUACUUUAUAAAUGCUAAUGAGUAGA